AUGGUUGAGCUGAACCUGACCACUGCUAAGAAGCGCCCCAGCGCGGUUGCCCGGCUGAGCGCCGAACCCUUGGACGACGAGGCCCGCCUCCGCCAGCUGGGAUACAAGCAGGAACUCACCCGCGAGCUCAGCCUGCUCAAGAACUUCGCGGUGUCCUUUGGCCUGCUGUCCAUGCUUACAGGCCUGGGUGGGUUCUACACCUACGGCUUCACCCAUGGCGGCCCCGUGUCUGUAAUUUGGGGCUGGCCCCUGGCGGUGACCAUGACCCUCACCGUGGCCCUGCCCAUGGCCGAGGUGUGCAGCGCCCUCCCAACGUCCGGCGGCGUCUACUUCUGGGCGGGCACCCUUGGCGGCCGGCACGGGCCUCUUUACUCCUGGAUCACCGGCUGGUUCAAUCUGCUGGGCCAGGUGGGCAUCACCGCGGGGGUGGAGUACACGGUGGUCAUGUACCUGCAGCAGGUGAUCAGCAUCAGCGAGGGGCGGUACUACGAAUUCACCCGCGCGCAGCAGUACGGGUUGUACUGUGGCUUUAUAAUCCUGCACGGCGUGGCCAACGCCAUCUCCGUCAAGCUCCUAGGCUGGCUCAGCGUGGUGUCGGUGUACUGGCACGUGCUGGGCACGCUGGGUGUGGUCAUCGGCCUGCUGGUCAUCGCGCCCGUGCACCAAAGCGCGGGGUGGGUGUUCGGCACCUUCAUCCCCAACCCCGACACGGGGGUGAACAACCCCUUCUACCUCUUCCUCCUGGGACUGCUCAUGAGCCAGUGGGCCAUGACGGGGUACGACACCUCCGCACACAUCGCGGAGGAAACCAAGAACGCCGCCAUCGCGGGGCCGGUGGGCCUCAUCAUGGCCAUUGUGGGCUCCUUCAUCUGCGGCUGGAUGUUCCUGCUCUCCCUCACCUUCUCCAUCCAGGACCCCGCCAACAUCACCAACCCAGACACCAUCUCGGGGGGCUACGCCACAUCCCAGAUCUUCAUGGACGCCUUUGCCGCGCGGUUCAACGGCAACACCAAGCCCGCCCUGGCCUUCAUGCUCAUCCUGUUCGUCGCCUCCAACUGGUGUGGCACCUUCUGCAUCACCGCCAACUCGCGCAUGCUGUACGCCUUUUCCCGCGACGACGGCAUCCCCGGCUCGCGCUGGUGGAAGCGGGUGAACCCCACCACGGGAACCCCCAUCAACUCCAUCAUCGCCAUGGGCGCCGCCGCCAUCCUGCUGGGCCUCUCGCUGCUGGGCUCCACCGUGGCCUUCUCCGCCAUGUCCUCCAUCGGCGUCAUCGGCAUGUACAUCUCCUACGCCAUCCCCCAGUUCCUGCGCCUCACCGUCGCCCGCAAGUGGUUCAAGAAGGGCCCCUUCCACCUGGGCAAGUUCUCGCUGGUCAUCGGCUGGAUCGGCGUGUUCUGGUGCGCCUUCAUCACCGUCGUGUUUGCGCUGCCCAACCAGUACCCGGUGAACUCCCAGACCCUCAACUAUGCGCCCGUGGCCGUCGGGGUCACGCUCAUCUUCUCCCUCGGCUGGUGGCUGCUCAGCGCCCGCAAGUGGUUCAAGGGGCCAGUGCGCAAUGUGGAUGUGGCCGUCAAGACGGCCUGCCUGGCAGAGGCCUAUCAGAGGGGGGAGCUGGAUGAUGCGUCGGAGCCCUUCACAAAGUCCAGCGACGAUGGGGAGCUGGAAGAGGCCCCGGGGCCUGUCACGUCCAGCUCCAAGAAGGACGGCAUCCCCCUGGGAAGCCGAGGCAUCCUGGUGUCCUGUGCUGGUGGAAAGGAGAAUAUUGCGGCCAGGGAGGCCAUCGACGUCUUCACACAGUUGUACGAAGCGGACCAUCCAGAAAGCGCGGCGGCGCCCAGCACCUCGGGCGGUGACGUGGCAGCCCUGCUGGCCGCUGAGGUGGCGGACCUGAAGGACCACCGCAAGUCCCUGUUCUACUACCACCCCACCGGCAUUCACUCCACCGUGUUUGUGGAGAUCAAGUACCCCGGCUCCCCCGGCCCCUGUGAGCUGGUCAGCCGUGCUUGCGAGGCGGCGCGCCAGUCUCGGCGCGCGGGGACCAAGCUGUGCAACCGUUUCUACCCCGUGGAGAGCACCUGCUACGCCAGCCUGGAGAAGAUCAGGGAGGCGGGGGCCACGCUGGCGCGAGAGCGCUUUCCCACGACCGGUGCUGAGGCCAAGGAGGGCAUCCAGUUUGCAGUGCAGUAUGAGCAUCGGGCGGCACCGGGGCUGGACAGGAUGGAUGUGAUCAACGCCGUGGUCAACAACAUCAAGACGCCACCACACAAGGUCAACUUGUCGGCGCCCCAGAAGACAAUCCUGAUCAAUGUGCUGAAGACCACUUGUGGCUUCGCGGUGGUGGAAGACUUCAAGCAGCUGCUCAAGUACAACAUACGGCUCCUGGCCACACCACCAGAGGAGGAGGAAGCCAAGGAGGGAGAGGGUAAGGCCAAGGCCGAGGAUGCGGAGGGAGCUGACGAGGAGCAGCCUGCUCCCGUUGAGUCGGCAGCGGAGGUCAGCGAGGAGAAGGUGGAGCAGGAGGUGGAAGCGGGCAAGGAUGAACCCGCUGCUGGUGGGUCAGAAGCGCCCGAGACAAAGGCACAUGUGUAA